AAAAAAAAAAAAAAAGAGAGGGACAGGGUCUUGCUAUAUUUCCCAGACUGGUCUCAAUCUCCUGGGCUCAAGUGAUCAUCCUGCCUCAGCCUCCCAGAGUGUUGGGACUACAGGCAUGAGCUACUAUUGCUGGCCAAUUGCAGACAGAUGGAACUGUGGCCGGCCAUUUCACCAGUGAAGUCCCAAACACCCGUCUGCAGGCAUGAUGAGCCAGGGUAGUUCUUAUCUUUUCCUGAUUCCUGUUCUCUGUGUGUGUGGUGGGGACCACAGCAGGCAAGGUGCGGUGUUGGUGGAAUUUGGGAUGAGUGGAGUCUGGGCAGGCCCGGAGCUCUCUGUCUGCCUUCUGGUCCCGUGUUGGCUGACCCUGUUGCCCCCUCUGCCCUGCUUUGGCUGAGCUGAAUUAUUUCUUGGUCCUUCCCAUCUGGGGGCUUUUCGCUUGACCUUUGUUGCCCCUGAUAGAGUGGCCUUGUUAGCACGCACCUACCCUCAUUCGUCACUCAACUUCUGCCUGCUUAUUCUUUGUACCUUAGUUUUAGUGUCACCUCCUCCAGGAAACCUUCUUUGAUUUCUCCUCCUCCCUAGGUCUCCUCUAGGCUCCCACAGCUGCCUGCGUUCCCUGCAUGACAGCUCUGCUUUUACUUGGGCACAGCUUCCCCUCGUUCUUCACUCGACUGCCCCAGCUCAUCUUUUGAGUUUCAGCUUAAGUGUCACCUCCUCCAGGAAGCCUCCCUGAUUUCCUCUCCUCCCUAGGCCUCCUCGGGGCUUCCCCCAGCUGCCUGUGUGUCCUCUAUCCCAGUUCCCAUCGCCCCUGGUCACACAAUCCAUCUCCUCCUUCGGACUUCGAGCUCCGUGUCGGUGGAUAUCGUGACUUUGCCAGGGUCCUGGCUGUGUCCCCAGCACCCACCACACAGCCUGGCACACAGUAGGUGCUCAGUGAUCCGGCAGCACGCUCAGAAACUCCCUUUCCAGCCGGGCGCAGCAGCCCACGCCUGUAAUUUGCAGCUACUCGCGAGGCUGAGGCACAGGAAUCGCUUGAACCGGGGAGGCGGAGGUUGCAGUGAGCUGAGAUGGAGCCACUGCACUCCAGCCUGGCGACAGAGACUGCAUCUCAAAAAUAAAUAAAUAAAUAAAUAAACAGAAUUCUCACACGGUGCUGGCGGGGAGAGUGCUUGAUUCUUUAUCAUUAUAUGUGAGGAAACGGAGGCUCUGAGAGGUGAAGCGACUUGCCUAAAGUCACACAGCUGGGAAACGGAGGAGUUGGGAUUUGAGCCCAGGCUCUUAAUCAGCACAAAUGCCACUUCUCACUCGGGACAGAAAGGAAACCCUGACUCCUCAGGCAGCUGUACGGAGACUGGGAUGAUAAUGUGCUGAGAGCCAGAGCUACUGUCUGCUGCACCCUGGGGCUCAGUCUGCCCACCUGUACAAAGGGACGUUCCUUAGCUACUUCCAGCCCUGAGACACUGGGUUCUUAGGGUUGGCAGCUUAGAAAAAGACCAACAUGGAACACCCAGAAAUUAACUUUAAAUUUCUGAUGAAUAACAAAUACUUUUUUAGUAGAAGUAUGCCCCAAAUAUAAAUAAAGAUAAAUAUAAACACCUGCCACCGAUCCCUGCACAAACCACAGGCUCCAGACUACAAGUCCCACAACCCACUGCGGCCUGCCUUAGGAACUGACUAUCAUGACUUUUUAUUUUUCAUUCAUUCAUUCAAAAAUGGUAUAGGCCACCAGCCGUGCGCCAGGUCUUGUAUUAGGUGCCGGGGAUACAUCAUAUGCACAAAACUGACAAAAGUCUUUGCCUUCGUGGAGUUUGACAUCUACAUCCUUGGGAGUCUUAAGUGAUUUUUGUUUUUCUCAGCAAUUUCUGCAAGGAAGACUACAGUUCCCGUGACCCUUUGUGUUUGUUUGAUGGGCCUACAACUCCCAGAAGACCUAGCGCGCCACAAGGCACUUCCUUUUCCCUUUAGCCCCAACUUCCUUCCAGGUCGGAAGGUCACGUUCUGUCCGCACCUUUCGCCCCUCACCCCAAUUCUCCACACGCCAAAGACAGGGUUAAGAUAGUGAUAUUGCGAAAUAGUUUUUAAAAGCAUUUUAUUGCAUUUUUGACUUGGAGUUUAUGUGAAACCUCAGCAGUAUUAGCCGAACAGCCUGCCGUACCUUCCGGGAGUCCCAGAGUGGGCCUACAACGCCCAUGGGGGCUCCUCGACUGCCGGGUGGACUACAAUUCCCGACAGGCAGCGCGGCUGGCGGGGCGGUUCGCGGCGGUGCCCGCAGGACUUCAGUGCUAGUGCGGGCUGCCCGGCGCGGCGCCCGCAGGACCCCGGCGGCUACCCAUGCCUAGGUGAGUCCGCGGGAGCCGCCGCCGCCGCCGCCGUCCCGUCCCCGCUGCCGCCCCGCGCGGCCCCGCCGCCGGCCAGGAUGCUGGAGGAAGCGGGCGAGGUGCUGGAGAACAUGCUGAAGGCGUCGUGCCUGCCGCUUGGCUUCAUCGUCUUCCUGCCCGCCGUGCUACUGCUGGUGGCGCCGCCGCUGCCCGCCGCCGACGCCGCGCACGAGUUCACCGUGUAUCGCAUGCAGCAGUACGACCUGCAGGGCCAGCCCUACGGCACGCGGAACGCGGUGCUGAACACGGAGGCGCGCACGAUGGCGGCGGAGGUGCUGAGCCGCCGCUGUGUCCUCAUGCGGUUACUGGACUUCUCCUACGAGCAGUACCAGAAGGCCCUGCGGCAGUCGGCGGGCGCCGUGGUCAUCAUCCUGCCCCGGGCCAUGGCCGCCGUGCCCCAGGACGUCGUCCGGCAAUUCAUGGAGAUUGAGCCCGAGAUGCUGGCCAUGGAGACCAUCGUCCCCGUGUACUUUGCCGUGGAGGACGAGGCCCUGCUGUCCAUCUACGAGCAGACCCAGGCCGCCUCCGCCUCCCAGGGCUCUGCCUCUGCUGCUGAAGUACUGCUGCGUACGGCCACUGCCAACGGCUUCCAGAUGGUCACCAGCGGGGUACAGAGCAAGGCCGUGAGUGACUGGCUCAUCGCCAGCGUGGAGGGGCGGCUGACGGGGCUCGGCGGAGAGGACCUUCCCACCAUCGUCAUCGUGGCCCACUACGACGCCUUCGGAGUGGCCCCUUGGCUGUCUCUGGGCGCGGACUCCAACGGGAGCGGCGUCUCCGUGCUGCUGGAGCUGGCACGCCUCUUCUCCCGGCUCUACACCUACAAGCGCACGCACGCUGCGUACAACCUCCUGUUCUUUGCUUCUGGAGGAGGCAAGUUUAACUACCAGGGAACCAAGCGCUGGCUGGAAGACAACCUGGACCACACAGACUCCAGCCUGCUUCAGGACAACGUGGCCUUCGUGCUGUGCCUGGACACUGUGGGCCGAGGCAGCAGCCUGCACCUGCACGUGUCCAAGCCGCCCCGGGAGGGCACCCUGCAGCACGCCUUCCUGCGGGAGCUGGAGACGGUGGCCGCACACCAGUUCCCCGAGGUACGGUUCUCCAUGGUGCACAAGCGAAUCAACCUGGCGGAGGACGUGCUGGCCUGGGAGCACGAGCGCUUCGCCAUCCGCCGGCUGCCUGCCUUCACGCUGUCCCACCUGGAGAGCCACCGUGACGGUCAACGCAGCAGCAUCAUGGACGUGCGGUCCCGGGUGGAUUCUAAGACUCUGACCCGUAACACGAGGAUCAUCGCCGAGGCCCUGACUCGAGUCAUCUACAACCUCACGGAGAAGGGGACGCCGCCAGACAUGCCGGUGUUCACGGAGCAGAUGCAGAUCCAGCAGGAGCAGCUGGACUCGGUGAUGGACUGGCUCACCAACCAGCCCCGCGCCGCGCAGUUGGUGGACAAGGACAGCACCUUCCUCAGCACGCUGGAGCAUCACCUGAGCCGCUACCUGAAGGACGUCAAGCAGCACCACGUCAAGGCCGACAAGCGGGACCCCGAGUUUGUCUUCUACGACCAGCUGAAGCAAGUGAUGAAUGCGUACAGAGUCAAGCCAGCCGUCUUUGACCUGCUCCUGGCCGUUGGCAUUGCUGCCUACCUCGGCAUGGCCUAUGUGGCUGUCCAGCACUUCAGCCUCCUCUACAAGACCGUCCAGAGGCUGCUCGUGAAGGCCAAGACACAGUGACACAGCCACCCCCACAGCCAGAGCCCCCGCCGCUCCCCAGUCCUUGGGGCCGAGCACGAGUGAGUGGACACUGCCCCGCCCCAGGCGGCCCCACGGGGACAGGGGCCCUCUCCCUCCCCGGCGGUGGUGGAAACACUGAAUUACAGAGCUUUUCUCUGUUGCUCUCCAAGACUGGGGGGGAUUCUUUUUUUUUCCUUGUCUUUGAACUUCCUCGGAGGAGAGUUUGGGAGACAUCCCGGGGCCAGGCUACGGACUUGCGAACGAGCCCCCCAGUCCCGGGAGCCGGCUGCCCUCGGUCCCGUGUAAGCACACGUGCACGCUGACAGAGGAGACGCCGGGACCCCCUGCCCGAUCGCGCGCAGCCUCCGCCCACUGCCUCCUGCCGCACGGGGCCUGGUCUGCAGGCCCAACCUGCUCCCUGCUCCGCGUCUGUCCCUGGACGUCCCCUCCCGCUCCCCAGUGGUGGCGUGGACGUGGUUACUUAUCUCUUCUCCCUCUUGCCUGGAGGAGGACAGUGACAGCCUUGGGGUUCCAGGAUUCCAGCCCCCCUGGAGCCUUUUGUCCCCCAUGUGGUCUCAGUGACCCGUCCCCUCCACAGUGGCCUCUCGGGGAGCUGUACCACUCGGCCUUCCCCUUUUCCGACUGCAGGGUCUGACGCCAUCGUUGACAGCCUGUGCUUCGUGGGGGGCUGGCAGGGCGCCUGCCUCCCCGACCCCUGACACACUGCACACCCCCAUUCCCCCGCGCUCCUCUCCUCCCAGCCUGUCCCGCCGGCCCCUGUGCCUCUUCGGCCCCAGCCCGGCUCCCAGGGGCCUCACCUGCUUGACCCCGGCCCAGCUCCCUGCCCUGAGUCCUGAGCCAGUGCCUGGUGUUUCCUGGGCUCGGUGCUGGGCCCCCGGGCCCUCCAGGCUUUGCACGGCCAAUCGGUCCUCCCUGGGGAACUGGGUGCAGGUGGAGGACUGGGAGGCAGGAGGUGGCCUGGGGAGGCCUGGUGGCUCCUCUCCUCACUCCCUGCCCUGGGCCUCAGCUUCCUCAUUUAUAGAAAGGACGUGUUCAGGGUGGGGGCGUCAGGUGAGAGCAUUUGUUGGGAAGGAGACACUUGGGGCAUGGCCUCUGGGGCCACCCUUCCUGGAACUCGGAGAGGAAGGUCUGGGCCCCCAGGAAGCCUUGGACAGAACCCUCCACCCCGCAGACCAGGCACCGUGUGUGAGCGUGGGAGGGAAGGAGGCCCGCAUUGAGCUCAGGGAGACCCCGGUGUGUCCGUUCUUUAGCAAUAUAACCCACGCAGGGCGUGCCGAGCAGACUUGGGGAAGAAGGGGCUUGAGCUGAGGGAGUCCUGGCCUGGGUACCCACAGCCAUCUGCCUUCCGUGGCCCAGGGAGGUGUUUGCUGUCAGAGGGACCUGGGCCGGCCCAUGGGAACUUGCGGUUCUGUCCAGAUAGGACCAAGGGGUCUCACUUUGGCCACCAGUUCUUCGGCCAACACCUCUGCCCUCCUGAACCUGCAGCCUGGAGGGGUGAGGGGAUAACCACCCCUCUUUCCUCCAGGUUGGCAAGGGACCCUCCUCUCCCCUGUCUGCCCUGCGGGUUGCCCGCCUCCUCCAGAGACUUGCCCAAGGGCAUCCCCGCUGGCCUCUGGGCACUUGCGCUGGGACUCUGGGACCCAGGCAGCUGCCACCUUGUCACCAUGAGAGAAUCUGGGGAGUGCUUGCGUGCUAGCCAGCAGGCUUCUGUCUGGUGCCGCCGGGCCAGCGUUUGGGAGGGAGCUUCCUUCCUUCCUUCCCGGACAGGUCGUCAGGAUGGACGCACUGACUGACCGUCUGGGGCUCAGGCUGCUGUGGGAUGCAGCCGGCCAAUGAGAAAAUAAAGCCAUAUCGAAUGAUCGCC